GAGGAAUCCUUUGCCAUGGCACCGCCCCCGCCAUUUCCGCCACGAACUGAGAGGUCCCUCCCCGACGCCGGAAGUCCCGCGGCCCUGCUUCCGCGCAGUCCUCCCCCACCCCGCCGCGGAGAAGAUCUGCUUCCGGCCCCGGGUGGCCGCCGGCUGGGCUCGCGGUGCGCUCCGGAGCGCUGUCCAGGGAGCGUCGUUCCCCCGGACGCUGGCGCGGGAAGCCGGGGCCGCGGCCGCGCCAGGAGAGUGCUGGUCCGCGCGCGAGGCUCGUGCGGGGCCAUGAACGGGACAGCGAACCCGCUGCUGGACCGCGAGGAGCAUUGCUUGCGGCUCGGGGAGAGCUUCGAGAAGCGGCCACGGGCCUCUUUCCACACCAUUCGCUAUGACUUUAAGCCAGCAUCUAUAGAUACUUCUUGUGAAGGAGAGCUUCAGGUUGGCAAAGGAGAUGAAGUCACAAUUACACUGCCACAUAUCCCCGGAUCUACACCACCAAUGACUGUGUUCAAGGGGAACAAACGACCUUAUCAGAAAGACUGUGUACUUAUCAUUAAUCACGACACUGGUGAAUAUGUGCUGGAGAAACUCAGUAGCAGCAUUCAGGUCAAGAAAACAAGAGCCGAGGGGAGCAGUAAAAUCCAAGCUCGAAUGGAACAGCAACCCACUCGUCCCCCACAGCCAUCACAGCCACCACCUCCUCCACCACCUAUGCCAUUCCGAGCUCCAACAAAGCCUCCAGUUGGACCCAAAACUUCUCCCUUGAAAGAUAACCCCUCACCUGAACCCCAGCUGGAUGACAUCAAAAGAGAGCUGCGAGCCGAAGUUGACAUUAUUGAGCAGAUGAGCAGCAGCAGUGGGAGCAGUUCCUCAGAGUCGGAGAGCUCGUCAGGGAGCGACGAGGACAGCUCCAGCAGCGGCGCUGAGGACAACGGCCCGGCAUCCCCCCCACAGCCUGCACACCAGCAGCCCUACAGCAGCAGGCCGGCCGCUGCCAAUGGAACCGGCCGGCCCCAGGGAAGCAACCAGCUCAUGAACACGCUCAGAAAUGACUUGCAGUUGAGUGAGUCUGGCAGUGACAGUGAUGACUAGAGUUGGAUCUUUCGAAAUCAGCUUCUCGUGCACAGAUGUGCUGCUGGACCAGGCUGCGCUCGCACGGAGCCCCGUGCUGAGAGGGACACGCUGUGGAUCAGUGACUGUGCAGGAGUUUGAGGCUAUGGAGGUCUCAGACAUUCAAGUCUUUAACUUAGUGGUGAUGGGUGAUUUUCUCGUGUAAUUUUUGAACAAUCUCAUGUUGCAAAGUAGAACUAUGGAAGAACU